AUGUACGGCUACCACCAUUUACCUUCCACAUCUGACUCGUGCGGUCCAUCUUUCCAUCUUGCGACGACUUUCGGAACCGCUAUCUGGACUACACGCCACGUUGGAUCACUAUUUUCAACUAACUGUGUUUACUUCUACAACACUGCCAAGAUAUGGCCAUAUGAACUUCAAGGACACAUCCUUGAUGACUUCGAACAUUCCAAGAUUUAUUCCCCCUCUAUGCUUUAUGCUCCAUUCAUCUUCACCAUUGACUCUCUCCGAUGGUGUGAGCUCACCCUUCAAAUUUGUCUCAAGACUAUCAGAGGCAUUGAGUCAAAAACAGGCCACGGAUCUUGGGUCCCUAUCUCCAAGCUCACUAUUGAAGACAUUGAGCAACUCACUGGGACGCUCGGGACGUCCCUUAAUGUCAUUUGCAAUAUCCACAGGCACGCGAAUAUCAUUGAGUCUGUCUGGGAACAUCACAAAGAGCUCUCAGGGGAGCUCCUAGCUGUGAGCGGUUGUGACAAAGUCCACGCUAUCGACAAGACGAUUAUUUCGGCAAUCGAAGUUUUUCAGCAGGAGCUGGCAAAUACUCGAAUACAAGCCCAAUUUCUGGAACAACGCGUUCGCAGUCAAACAUCUGUACUCUUCAACCUUUUGAGCCACGAGCAUGCCAAGGCGAGUGACGGACAUGCUAAGGCGAGUAACGCAAGUGCCAUGGCGAGCCGGGAGCUUGCAGCAGCUGCCCGUCGGGACGGAUCAUCUAUGAAGACUGUUGCUGUGCUUACCAUGGCGUUCUUGCCAGCCACCUUCUUUGCCACGUUUUUCGCUAUUCCCUCCCUUGCCUGGAGUAGCCCAGACAAGUUCGUUCUCUACUUUGUCUUUACCAUUCCUGCCACCGUCGUUACGUUUGUCCUUUGGGCUGGGAUAACUCAGCGAGCAAGCUUGAGACGUAUUUUCUUGGUUGUCACCAGCGGAUUCUGUAAUGCGGCACCUGAGACUCCAAUAGCCCAAGCCCAGCUUGUCGACCCUGCUAUUCUCGACACUCUAGGCCUUCCCGGUCAAUCCACCACCAUGGUCCCCCACGGUGAAUCAAACAUCGCAAAUACGUUUAAGCUGUCAUCCACAGUCGGUGGGCAGGAGUUCCACUACUUCGUCAAGACAAGCAGCAACAAAGAUGCAGAUAUCAUGUUCAAAGGGGAGCAUACCUCCUUAAACAUGAUCUCGUCUGUCGUACCCAAUCUCUGCCCCAAAUCUUACGCCCACGGUCCCCUGCGCGCCUCGGGCGGAUUUUUCCUCGCCAUCGAGUUUCUCGACACCUGCCUGCCGCCCAAGAACCCUCCCUCUGCUAGGAACUUGGCACGUAAACUCGCUCGCAUGCACCGCACACAGGCUCCUGUCCCUGAAGGUUACGAUAUUCCCAUGUUUGGCUUCCCUGUGCCGACCUUCUGCGGUGCCACUGUGCAGGACAACUCAUGGAAGUCAUCGUGGGCUGAAUUCUACGCUGACAAUCGCCUGCGGGCAAUCCUGCACGUGUGCAUGCUAGCAAAUGGAUCCGACCCGGAGCUAGCGCUGGCGGUCGAGAAGACCGCCACCGCCGUCGUCACACGUCUUCUUGGUAACGACAUCAUCGCUGGGAGCAUCAUCCCCGUAAUCGUCCAUGGCGACCUGCAUUUCUAUAACACCUCGCACGGUAUUAUGGCCGGGAGCGGUGAUCUUGAAGAGGUUGUCUAUGAUCCCUCAUGCGUCUAUGGCCACUCGGAGUAUGAUCUGGGUAUGAUGAGCAUUUAUUCAGACUCUUAUGGUACAGAUUUCUGGCAGGAGUAUCACAGCUUGGUUCCUAAGGCGGAGCCCAAGGAGGAAUGGCGUGAUCGCGUUUGUCUCUAUAGGCUGUAUUAUAUCCUGAAUUUUUUUGCUGUGCACCGCGAGAACAAAGCCGAAAAUCGUAAGGAGGCUAUGGAUAUUAUGAGGUUUCUUAUCUCUAAGUAUAGUGAUUCAAAUUGA